AUGGGAAUAUCAAAGGCUAGUUAAAGCCGGUGUGCCCAAAAGGUGUCCAAAUGCCUGGUGGGGCUUGCAGAUGAGUUCAUAAAAUUCCCUCAAUCAAAUGCUGAGAUUAAUAAAACCAUGGCUGAAUUUUAUAAAAUAGCUGGCUUUCCGCAAGUGAUUGGUGCCAUUGAUGGCUUACUGAUUAACAUCAGAGCACCGUAUGAGGAUGAGCACCUUUAUGUCAGCCACAAGGGGUCUCACUCCAUCAACGCAAUGGCGGUAUGCAAAGCCGACCUUAUGUUUACACACAUGGUGGCAAAAUGGCAGGGAUCUGUGCAUGACUCUGCCAUUUACAACUCCAGCAUGCUACAGGUGCACCUAGAAAGCAAUGGAGCGGCUGGCUGGCUGUUAGGGAAUCGUGGAUAUGCCCUAAGGACAUAUCUGAUGACUCCCUUUUGGCCAGCUGAUGUGCAAAGCCGCCCGCAACUUAACUACCAGAAUGCGCAUACAAAAACAAGGAACACAAUUGAGAGGGCAUUUGGACUGUGGAAAGCCAGGUUCCGGUGCAUCCAUGAGUCUGGUGGUGGGGCUCUACAAUACACACCAGAACGCUGCUGUGACAUCAUCUUAGCGAGAGCUGUUUUGCACAACAUGUGCAUCAUCGACAGAACACCCCUGCCGGAUGGAUUUGACAACAAACCCACCAAGCUGAUAAUGUUAUUGAGGCACCCCAAUCAAAUGAAGCAGGCACUGCUGUGAGGGAAAGCCUAAUCCGAGAUGUUUUUGGAUAAUUCCCCUCUUUCUUUUUAAUUCAAGGCGAAGUUUUUAAUAUCCAUUAUAAAUUCAUUAUAAUAUCUCUUGGUUGGACUUCAUCAGAUGCAUCAUUCUAAAAAAAAAAAUAGAAAAAAAUAUUGAGAUUUCAUUUAUACAAGGUGAACUAAAAUAAAAAACAACAGGAUAUUGUGAUGGAUGAGAGGAUGAUAAGAGUACUUAUUUAUGACUGGUUGUAGGCACAUGCAAGCACAGGCUGAAUUUUCCUCACCUUCUUUUGGUGGUGACAGCGCAUCUAUUUCCAGUUGCACUUAUCUUAUUUUCAGCCGCAUGUAUUCUAUACCCAGCUCAAAGUACUGCAAACAUAGCAAUAAAUGCAGUGGAGGUUAAAGGUCAUUCCUCUGAAAUUAAAGUUAUGUAUAGAUUUACAAUUCAAGGGAAUGGUCUUAAGCAUUAGGAUUAGUAUUGUAUAUCUUGAGACAUAUGGGUUGGCAGGAUGAAUUUGUUGAAAAGAAAAAUAACAAUGAAUGAAGUACAGAAGAUGAAACAUUUGCGCAGUUCAGAAUGUCCAUACUUAGGGUUUGAACUAAUCUUUGAUCAAAAAUUGAGUUGCUUGCUGUUUAUGAAUGCAUAGUAAGUUUACCUCUGUCUGGACAUCACUGAGACUUCGCUUCUUUAUUUCUUUGCUUUCUGAAGGCUCCUGUGUUUACAUAUUAUGCAUUAAAUUUACAACCUUUCAACAAAAUAUAAAAACAGUGCUCUUAACAUGGUAAAAAGGAAAAGAAACAGUUUCAGACAUUGUACCCACUUACUAAUCUAUAGUAACACCCACCAGGAAUGACAGGAUAGAUGCAGUGUGAGAGAGUGACAUACCUCAACAACAAUGACUGAUGGCUUAUUGUUGUUGCCCAAGCUAUCAGUGCCCUGUAAAGUAAAUAAGAGAUAGCUUAAAAACCUUGAUAUGACUUGCAAAGCAGAAAUGAAUAGUUCAAUAUUAUAUUCACCACAAAAAGGUCAGCAAAUAUGCUGCUUAGAGUCAUCCCUGAGGUAGCAUCCAUUCCCCCUGAAAAUAAAUAUAUUGGAAAAACACUAAUACUGAUAUCUAUUGAUGUGUACAAGAAAACAGUGCACACACCAUAAAGGGUGGGAAAUAAUAACCAAGAGUGGGGUCAUUACAGGAAACUUAAUGUAAUUUCUUACUUUAUAAGGUAAAGUGCAAUUCAUAUUCUAUAUGUAUUCAAUGUUGACUUAAACAUCAUCAGAGUGCAUGCACAAUUGUUGCAAUAAUUAAAAGUAAAAGGAAUAAAAACAAGGCAAUGGAGAAGGGUAAAAUAACAGCUGAAGAAAAUGAGGUGAAUAUGAUAAAAAGAGAAGUUCAAGAGGGCUUAAGGAGAAAGAAAUAAAAAUAUAGAUAGGAUAUAACUAUAUAGAUAGGAUAUAACUAUAGCUGAGUCUCAGAAUUACAUUCAUCCUUUAUCCCUAAAUAAUAAAAGCUCGGUAUUCCCCAUCACUUUUAGUCCGUCCCUCGAGCUGGGGAGGGCCAUUUUUGUCAGUAGGGGUACUGGGAACCUGGGAACUAGGGGACGGCUCAAAUCACGCUUGUGAUUGGACAUCUUAGUCACGUGUGCAAAGCGGCAAGGGUGCAAUUCAAAUUCGAAGACGCCAUAUUAGCGCGUGGUGUCGAUUCUUCUGAAGGCUUUGGUCCGAAAACCCACGUAAAUAGCAAA